CGCUCUCUCUUGCCGCUGGAUUGAGCAGCGGGUUGGCUGAGCUGCUGGGGAGCGUGAGAGCGGAGGAAGUCUGAUCCUGCCGGCUCGCCGUCGUAAGCGUGGCGGCCAUCUUGUGCGGGAGGCGAUCGGUGCGGGGUCCGGUGGUGGUAGCGAAGGACGGAGGCGGCUGCGCUUUCCCACGUCCUGCCGUCGCCUUCUCUAGCAGCUGCGGCUGGGGGUGCUAUGUCCGCCGAGAGCCCGGAGCCCGCCUCGGCCGAGGAGCAGAAGGAAAUGGAAGAUAAGGUGAUCAGUCCAGAAAAAGUUGAAGAAGCAAAAUUGAAAGCAAGAUAUCCUCAUCUAGGCCAAAAGCCUGGGGGUUCAGAUUUCUUGAGGAAGAGGCUUCAGAAAGGACAAAAAUACUUUGAUUCUGGGGAUUACAACAUGGCUAAAGCAAAAAUGAAGAACAAGCAACUCCCUACCGCAGCUCCUGACAAGACAGAAGUGACUGGUGAUCACAUUCCCACUCCACAGGACCUUCCUCAGCGGAAACCAUCUCUUGUUGCUAGCAAGCUGGCUGGCUGACUAGAAUGACUGAACUGCAUGAAUCUUCUCAUUCCCGUUUUCUCCUGAAUAGUUAUUCCUCACUUUUUUUUUCCCUUCCCCCUCCCCCUUACACUAAGUCAUUGAGACUGACAGCUUUGCAGGUAGUGGUAGCGUGUGCUGCUAUUGUAAGGGAGUACUGUUGAGAGUAAAAUGUGUAGUACUUGGACUAGUUGAGAACGAUGCACUGAUAAAAAGGACAGGUUUGGUUAGAGCAAUGUAAAGUAAUUUACUUGAAAAUGUACAUAUUGCCUAUUUCCUAGUGUAGGACUGGUUUCAGCAAGUGACAUAGCAAGUUUUACAAUUUUUAAUGUUUCUGCUUUCCUUAUUUCACCUUAAUUGCAACAUAGUCUGUUUGUAUUUAAAAUAACUACCUGUUGUGUUACUUUUUCUUCUGUGUUUGAUUUCUGUUUUGUUCUCUAAAAUAGAGGUUUAGACCACAAGUUGCUAGAAGGUAAAGCAUGUCUAAAAACAAUAUCGGGGCUCUGAAUGAAUUUGUGUAUCUGCUCUUGAACUUGAAUGGCCUUAAACCUGUUUCAGCUUUAACAAUAGACUUUUACUUGGGCAAUAUUUGCCCAUUCUCAUGUAACUCUUGUGAACCUAGUGCUUAUUUACAACUGCCUGUUGAAGCUGGUAUUCUUUUCAGUUCUGUAGUGUAGAACACACUUUUGUUGAAGAUGUGAAUGAAGUGUGCAUGUGCAUAGACUGUUGAAUUCACUCUUGUGCCAUUUUUGUAAAUACAAUAGUUUUGCACAA